CUGAAAGAUGUUAAUCACUUAUCUACUUCAAAGAAAAACCAAGUCAAGUACAUAUAUAAAGAAAAAUGCUUGAUAAGCUUGUUGGAGGGGUCGCUGAGUUCGGCCGUGGCCGCGGUGGUUACGGGUACGAGGAACGCAAGGAGUUCGCAUCUCAUGUGGAGUCGGAAGGAGGCUACUUUGACCGUCAAGCCCGCUAUGACCACCGCAUGAGGCUUCCGGGCAACCAUGGCCGUCCACCCAUGUCUCACAUGUCUGUCUGCGAGGAAGAAGACUCAGACGUGGAGGAGUUCUUUGAGAGCAGUAAGAGCCACCACACUAGCAACAACCACCUGCAGCACCACCAACAGUCACCUCAUCGCAACUUCAUUCCCCCACCUCACCACAACAUGGGUAAUGGAUGGCAGGGGCAGCAUGAAGGUGCAUACCACGGCGGGCACGGGAUGCAGCACCACGACAUGCACGGUAUGCAGCACCAGGGAGGACACGGGAUGCAGCACCAGGGAGGACACGGAAUGCAGCACCACGGAGGACACGGGGUGCAGCAUCAGGGCGGGCAUGGGAUGCAACAUUACGACCAGCACGGGAUGCAGCACUACGGCGGACAAGGGAUGAAGCACCAUGACAGGCUUAUGGCUCCCCAGUAUCCACCACAUUCAGUAGUGGCCGUGAAGGCUACCGAGAAUUGGCGGGUAAGCAACAACCGCAAAACCGGCUGGGGGAGUAAGGGACUCUAGACUACACCUAAAUACUCUGCCGGUUCAAAUAAGAAAGUAAUGAUUAUCUAUUCCAAGGAAUAAAUGCAUAAGAUGUCAUGUAUGUGUGUGAUGGACAUGUUUCAAUAUCGUACCAAAACCAAAUAGGGGACUUUAACCCCAAAAAAGUGCUUUUGUUUGAUGAUCUCAUGAUUACUAAGGAGUGUUGUUGUUGUUGUUGUUGUUGUUUCUUAUGUUUAAUAAAAGUGAUGUGUAAUAUCAUUGGAAGGAAUGAUUGCUCAAAAUUAAGUUGAAAGUACGUUGUGGUGUAACAUAAACCCUAUGGAAUGUAUAAGUUAAACUAA